AUGGACGACAAGCCCAAGGCACUCCAGGAUGUUUCUGCUGCCGAAGAUAGCCUGGACGGCACACUCGAUGUCUACAUCGACUCCAAGGCCCAGAAGAAGCUGCUACUGAAGCUUGAUCUCUAUCUUGCCCCCAUCAUCACUCUCAUCUUCCUCUGUGCAUAUCUGGACCGCUCGAACAUUGGCAAUGCACAAGCUGCCGGCAUGGGCCAUGAUCUCGGUCUGGUCGGGAACCAAUAUGGCAGUGACACGUUGAAGCCUAUGCUGACGCAUGCAGAUGCUGUCACCUUGUUCUAUGUGUUCUACGUCGCAGGCGAGAUACCGUCAACGAUUCUCAUGAAGAAGCUGCGACCCAAUAGGAUGAUACCCGCACUUGUCUUCUGUUGGUCGGUGGUUCUCAUCGGUACUGGUUUCAUGCACAACGCUCGACAACUCUACGCUUCAAGACUUUUGCUCGGCUUGUUCGAGUCGGCCAUGUUCCCUUGUCUGGCUCUGUACUUGAGUACCUUCUACAUGCCUCAAGAGCAGGCGCUGAGAAUCUCAUAUCUUUUCGUUAGUGCGGCUUUAAGUGGAGCUUUUGGUGGAUUGUUCGCAUUCGCCCUGCUCAAGAUGGAUGGCGUUCAAGGUCUUGAAGGGUGGCGAUGGUUGUUCAUCGUGGAAGGGAGUCUCAGCGUGCUCGUCGCGAUCAUCGUCUACUUCCUUUUGCCGAACGACUUCGAAACAGCCAGAUUUCUGACUGCGGAGGACAAAGAGCUCAUGCGCGCACGUAUGACUCUGAACGCCAGAUAUAACGGAGCACCAGAGUUCGACUGGAAAGAAGUCAGGAAAGCUUUCCGUGACCCUAAGCUCUACAUCUCUUGCUGGUGCCAGUUCAUGGCCGACAUCUGCUCCUUUGGACUGAGCACUUUCAUGCCGACCAUCAUCCGUGGUUUUGGUUAUGGCACUGUCGAGACACAACUUCUCACCGUACCGGUCUACAUCUGGGCUUCCAUCGCGUACAUGAUUAUAUCAUGGAUGUCAGACAGAUUCCAGAGACGUGCUUACUUCAUGGUCCCUGGCGCCUUGUUGACCGCGAUUGGAUAUGCAGUGCAGCUCGGCGUGCCACAAGCUCAACGAGAAGCUCUAUACUUCUCGAUAUUCCUUAUUGCGCCCGGCAUCUACAUCAUCGUCGGUCUCAACGCAGCAUGGCUACUGAACAGUCACGCCGGUUACCACAAGCGUGCGACCGCCGUUGGAACCAACCAGGCGUUCGGUAACAGCGCAGGUGUUGUCGUUGGACAAAUCUUUGCGAAGAAGGUCAAUGGCAAGUACGUGACUGGAUUGAGCGUCUCUCUUGGGGCUGUGUUGCUGGCUCUUCUUGGUCAUGUCGCAUUGUGGGCGUACAUGAGACGGCAGAAUAAGAAGAGGGACGCUAUGACCGAAGAGGAGCGGGAACGUUUGAUCAGCGCUGGAAAGGAUGGUGACUAUCAUCCUGAUUACAGAUAUGCCCUGUAA